UUUUUGUAAGAAAUCGAGGUUUUGUUUGUGUUCUGUGACACGUGCUUCUAGUUUGGUCCUAAACCUGACGUUGAUAAGCUUCGUAGUCUCUGGAAAGAUAUGGAUAACGUUGAAGGAGCAGACUUGGUUUACACGUGUCACGUCAGCGAUGCUUUCGAGAAGCCACGUGUCCAUCACCCCACAGUAUCUCUCCUAUAUAUGCAACGCCAACUAAAUUCUCUGACUCUAAUGGAAGACACUCAGGGCAGAGAGAUAGCCAUCUCCGGCAACGGCGGCCACCGAGAAAUCACCACUGCUACGGCAGUGGGGGCCACAGCAGCAGCCCUAGCCGUUGGUGGCCCGCUCCUGGCUCUGAUGAGCUUGAGCUUCUUGGCCACGGCCACUCUGUUUCUGAUAGCUGCGCCGGUGCUACUGAUAUUCAGUCCGGUGCUGUUGGGAGCGCGCCGGGCUGGGUUCGGGGCGGCUGGAGCCAUGUGGGUGGUGGGGUUAGGGGCGUUGGUGUGGGUGGGGAGGCAGGUGGGUGUGGGUGGCGGAGUCGUGGAGAGGAUGGUUGAGUCGGCGGUCGGUGUGAGGGUUAAGGAGAUGGGGAAUGACCCGAGAGGUUACUUGCGGUACAAGUCAGAUGUUGAUAAUUUUUCUCAGGCUGACUCUUCUUAAAAUAAGUUUCCUUCUUUGAAUCUUUUCUGUACCUUGUCGUCGUCUUUUUUUUUUCUUCCUGUUAAUGACUUUGAAUGAAAUCAAAUGAGUGUUUCUAUCAA